AUGACAGAGUCUAUAAUAUCAAUAAAUAAAAUAACGAAAAAAGCUAUAUUUAUACAAUUAUUAUUUUUAAUAACAAAAGUAAAAUCAGAUUCUUGGUCAUCAUUAGGUUGUUUUAAAUCAUCAUCAUUAUCAAAUACUCAAUCUCAAGGUACUUAUACUUUCCAAUCAUCAGGUUGGUGUCAAUCACAAUGUUCAGGUAAAAGAAUUAUUGGUUUAACUAAUGGUAAUCAAUGUUAUUGUGGUUCAACUGAUCCUUCAAAUAAAGUUGAUGAUUCAAAUUGUAAUAUUGAUUGUCAAGGUUAUGAUAAAGAAAAUUGUGGAGGGAAUGGUUAUUUUACUGUUUUUGUUAAUUCAGAUGCUAGUAAUGAAGAAAAUAAUAAUGAUUCAAGUUCAAGUUCAAGUUCAAGUUCUUCAAGUACUGAAUCUUCUUCACCUACAACUAGAUCAACGUCAUCACAACAACCACAAACUAGUACAGUAAAAGAAACAACGACUGCACAACCACAAACUACACUGACUACAUCAUCUUCAUCAUCAUCAAGUACAUCACCUACAACAACUUCACAAACUUCAUCUAUUCAACCAACUACAGUAAUAUCAACAGUAGUAAAUUCUUCAAAUAAUGGACAACAAUCAGUCAUAUAUAAAACAAUUAUAGAGCGUCCAUCUACAUCAUCUCAAGAUUCAUCAUCAUCAACCACCGCAACUUCAUCAUCUAAUACCCCAUCUCCAACAUCAUCAAACCCAUCAUCAUCAUCAUCCACCACCACCACCACCACAUCAAGAAAUCAGUCAAAAGGAACAUCAGGAGGAGUAAUAGCAGGAGCAGUAGUAGGCUCAGUAGCAGGUGUAGCAGCAAUAGCAGCAUUAAUUUUCGGAUGGUGUUGGUACAGAAGAAGAAAAUCAGAUGAUAAUGAUUUCGAUGAUCAAUUUACAUUAUCAGGACCUGAAAAAUCUUCAGGUAAUGGUGGUUCAAAUAAUGGUUUAAAUCAAAUGUCACAAAUUAAUGAUCCAAACCCCUUCUUAUUAGCUGGUGGUUAUAAUCAUUUUGAUACUUCUCAACAACAAACUCCAAGAAAUCAAAUUCAAAAUUCAAGAACAAUAUCUUCUAGAAAUGGAUCUAAUGGAGGUGGAACAGCAACCACUGCAGGAGCAGCAGCAGCAUUUGGUCAUGAUCAUAAAUAUAGUUCAAGUGGUGGAACAAGUAAUGGUAUAGGUGGUGAUUCAUUUGGAUCACAUAAUGAUGAUUACGCAUUUUAUGAUCCAGAUCAUCAACAUAUAGAUACUCCAAACACUCACACACAAACCAAUCCUGGGUUUUUAAAUUCUCCCGAUCCUGAAUUUGGUCGUAGAAAAUUAAGUAAUGGUUCAUUACCUGAUAUGAUUGCUAGAGAACCCGGAUCUUUGAAAGUGGUUAAUAAUUAG